AUGAUGAUAAAAUCAAUUUUAUUAACACUAUGUGUUGUAAUGAUGAUGUAUGUAUCAUCGUCAACUGCUCAAGACCCAUCGGAUGCCCAACUCUUUGCUGCCUUUAUCAAUUGGGCUCAAAACUAUAAUGUUCAAUACGAUAGCAGUGAAUUGCAAGCCAAGUUUGCUGCCUGGAAGGCCAACGCCCAAUUCAUUGCCAACUACAAUGCCAACAACAAUGUCGCUGAUAUGGCUAUUGACAAUUCUGCCCACCCCGCUGCUGCCCAAGAAGCUGUCCUCGGUGAACUCAAUAUUAAUGCUGGUGAAGUUGUCACUUUUCCAAGUGAAUCUGUUUCUCAAAUGAACUUUAAUCAAUUUAGUGAUUUAACAUUCCAAGAGUUUGAAAUUCAAUACACUGGAGGUGUACCAGAUGCCAAUGCUGUAAUUCCAGGUGCUGUUGCUGCUGGAGCUGUUCUUUCUACCGGUGCUAUUAUUGGUAUUGCUGUUGGUGGUGCUGCUGCCGUUGCUGGUGUAACUGGUGCUUCUGUUGCUAUCAUCAAAAAGAAGAGAGCCGCUAAAAAGACUGUAGUUGCCAUGGAGGAAGUUGCUCCACAAAAAUCAUCUGCACCAAAGGUUGAUAUCUUCAAGUUUGAAAACCCACAUCACUCUAUCACUGCCAGAGCUGUUGCCAUUACAAGUAAUUCAAAUUAA